ACAUUACGUUUUACAAUCCAGCACACCUUCCAGAACCGCCUUUUUUACCGGGAAAUAUCCAAUACGUAUGGGUAUGCAGGGAGAAGAUAUACAAGGUGGUGAGCCUAGAGGACUACCUCUCAACAUAAAGAUUUUGCCGGAACAUCUACGGGGGUUGGGAUAUACGACAAAGUUGAUCGGAAAGUGGCACGUGGGGUACCAUACACCUCAGCAUACUCCCUUACAUCGGGGUUUUGAUUCCUUCCUUGGUUUUUACAAUAGUCACGUUUCGUAUCAUGAGUACAAGUACUCGUACCAGGUACAUAUUCUGAUCGUAAAAAAACUUG